CAGAAGCGGCAAGGCGGACACCGAUAUCAGCUGGAGUUACGGAGAUUUGCGCCUUCGGUUCCAGAAAGCACAAAUGGUGUUCAGCGAGAGAGAGUUGUGGGACUUUACGCACGUCACACCUGGCUGGAAAUUAAAUGAAAACGGAGGCGCACGGCGCAAAAAUUGACAUAAGACUGACAAACCCAGCGCAUAGGUUUUCUUUUGUGAUUACUGGCAGGGAGAGAAAACUAACACUGACUCGGCCAUUGGCUCUUCACUGUUUCUGGACAGAGUGAGGCUCCUUUAGCUUUUUCCCUGUCCAUUGUGUUUGGAGGAAAAAAAAAAAAAAAGGAAAAAUCAAGCUUGUCUGCAUAAAGACCUAUUCAGAAUCACCUCUCUUGGCCAGCGGCAAUAGAAUCAUCCAAGAAGUGCAGUAUCCCUCGCUCCAAGCUAUUCCUUUAUCCUCAGCCCCUUCUUUUCAAAACGCUUUACACCUAUACAUCCCCCUCAGCCUCUUUCCACUUUCCAGUCUUUUCUCCUAUUUGAAGUCCCACAUGACAGCCCAGAAACAUCCGUUACCCUCCCUGCUCUCCUCUCUCUCCAGCCCCUGCGGUGCUUGGCACCAGUGCCCAUCACAUAGACAGAUGGAGCCAACCCUGACCCCUCUCCUCGCCCAUGGGGAAGCCAAGAGAUUCAACGCCUGACUUGAUGAGAGGGGUGGGGGUUGGACUGAGUGUAAGACUUUGCGUGAAGAAAAGUAACAGGAAGAGCAGAAGGAGAGCAUCAUAUUGUCACCACGGCAACACAUCACACCAAAUCCUGUGGACUCCCUGUUAGACAUAGCCAAGGUUCUUAGAUGAAAUCACGCAUAGCUGGAAAAAACGGAUUGGAAAGGACCUGAUGUUUUCCCCUCAACAACUUUUAACUUUUUGUGUUUAACUAAAUAAUCUUGCUUUAGUUUUUUCUCUAUACAAGGUGUCAUCAAAACACUUGAUGAGUAGACUGAACAUUAAACAAUCUUGGAUUAAAGUGAGCACUACAUUUGGAAACUAAUUAAAAAAAAUGAGGGAAGAGGUAAGACAGUAUGGUUUUACGAGUUCAUAUCACCUGAGGAAACAAGAAGAAAAAAAUCUUAUGGGCUUUCACACAACACUUGGAAAUUAACUCCACAGCAGCAUCUGUUUAAUUUUCCUGAUGUCUGAUUUUUUUUUCUUGUUUCUUUUUCCAUCAGUUUUGUUUUGCUGUUUUUCAACUUUCUCUGCUGAUUAUCGGGACCCUGAUUACCAUAUAAAACCAGGCAACCAAUUUUAAAAGAACUACGCAUCACCAAUAAAAUGAGUCACUAAUAGCCUGUGAAAUGAAUCCAGCUGGUCAACAUAACAGAGGGGGGAAUACGGGCAUCCCAAAGCUUCCAGGUGACUGCCGCCGUGGAGGAACAAGCUAAAAAUUCUGCUGCUGCUGCUUGGAUUCUUUGCUUUGAAUAUUGAUGCAGUAAAGGACAAUCUGUAUCCACUGGCAGUGAGCUUGAAAGAUUUUCAUUCACACAAAGGCAACAGACCUAAGCUGACUUUCUGGGACCUUCCUGUACACACUGGUGCACACCAGGCUUAGUCAAGUCUCAUCAACUUCUGUCACAUUUUAGAUUUCCAUUUAGAAUUAGAGUGUUUUACGUUAAAAGUCUGCAAUCCUCUUUUAUCCUUUUCAUCAAGAAAUCCAGUAUGGGCCAAGGUUAUUGGUGGAUUCCGCUUUCUUUUUAAGGGGCUCAUCAAUACUAAUCAGGCUGGGACUAGCAGCAGGAUGUCAGAGUUGGACAGCUUUCCACCUUUAAAUGAGGACAGAGGCCCAGAUCUAGGCCUGAAUGGUCCAGCGGACCCAGUCCAAAUUCAGCACAGCAUCCUUGAGGAGCAGGUAGAGCUGUGGUGGUUCAGAGAUCCUAGAAAGUCAGUACUUUGCUACUGCGUCGCUGUGCUGCUAAUCCUGGGCUGUGGACUCGGAGGCGUCACCCUUCUCUCCACCACCACCAGUGUAUCGAGUGAAUGGAGGCUUGGUACUGGCACAGCCAUGUGCCUUCUGGCUCUGGGGGUUCUUCUCAAACAACUACUCAGCUCAGCUGUACAGGACAUGAACUGCGUUCGGAGCCGACGAAAGAUAGACAUGUUAAAGAGUGGCGGCUUGUCGGACAUUUUGGUGGUGUUAAUCACAGGACUUUCACUGCUAAUUUGUGGAGGAGUUCUUCUACAUUUUGCCCUGGUUCACGAUAUGCCAAAGCCAGGACAAGCCCUGAACGACAUGUACAUCUCUGGAGUGGUUUUGCUAGCAGGAGGAGGAGCGGCCGUGGUGGGCGUAGGAAUGUACACCGCAGUGGAUGUCCUACUUGAGAGGACAAGGCAUGGACGAAGACUUGUAGACCGAGUUCUGAAUGUGUUUACUGUGUCAGGACACAUGGACCGCCAUGCUCGCAGAGAGACUGCCUCAAGCUUGGCCAACCUAAUAUGAGACCCAACUGCAAUAAAGCUAUGUGAACAGAUUCCUCUCUCACCUUAAUUAGAGCAAAAUGUAACUUCAAAAGAUUUUCCUGAUGAAAAGAAAAGAUGGACACCUCACCUGAUUAAAAUAUGCAUGACGGAAAAUGAAUACAUUUGUAACAAAGACAUGAUGGGUGUGUGAUAUGAUCAGACACAGAGCAAAGGUAAAGUGAAGCACAACAAAUGACAAUGAUAAGACAUAAAAUAU